AUGUGGAACCGGGACGGUCCGUCACCUGAAAACACCGAAAGGAGUCGGCUAAAUGUGGCGGGCAGUUCCCAGAUCUACGAAGAUCUCCAGCGAAGGCUGGAGCUUCCGUCUCUCCCCUGUCUUUAUGAGUCCCAAUACAGAAAUCAUGUUAAAUAUUUAUGUGAAGGAUAUUAUUGGAGUUCCUGUUCAUAUGCAAUCAAAACAGACUCACAAGGAUCAGAGAAGUAUUCAAUCUCUGAUGACAAAAUUCAGACAAUCUUCAAUGUGACUAUAAAUCACCUUACAGUUAAAAACACUGAUUACUGGUGUGCUGUGGAGAUCAAUGGAGGAAGUGAUGUCGGACAAUACUUUCAGCUGUCGGUCACUACAGGUACACCCAGUCUAUAUGUGGAUAAUCAGGAGGUGACAGGAUUUAUUGGAGAAGACGUGACCAUAAACUGUCACUACAGAACCUCUAGAGAAAUGAAAUGGUGUAAACUGGGCAGAGAUUGUGUGGUAGGUGCGACUGGAUCAAUAGAUGGAGCAACAGUAAUCAUCAACACCAAAGAGAAGUCUGUAUUCAAUGUGACUAUGAGAGGACUAAUGCCAAGGAGCAGUGGUUGGUAUUACUGUGACAACGGAAACUUUCAGAUGCCAGUUCACCUGACAGUGACUGCUAGACCCGCUGGUAAGUGAUUAUAGAUUGUAAUAAAAACCAGGGAUGCACGAGUACAUCAGCUAAACAUUUGUAUCACCUAAUAGCCAUGGAC